GUCAUUGCUCCACACUCCAUCCUAGUAGGUGGCGGUAAAUGCACCUAAAGCUGGUUUGCCAACCGCCAUAAAACGUCAAAGAAGAAGAAGAAGAAGAAGAAUCGAUUCCGGAAAAUGAGUCGGACUUUCUAUCGCCAAACACUCUGCCUGUCAUAAACAUUUUUAUAUAUAAAUGUCAUACAUUUUAAAUGUCUUAUAAUCUCUAAGUUCUAAAUUGGUUCAUUUUUAUAAGCGCGACACAAUAAUGAUUUAUUAAAGGUAUGUGAAGUUUGUUCUUUGGUUCCAACGUGUUUAGUAUGUUGCAUGAACUUUCACCUCAGUUCCCACAGCCACGCAGGAUCGUGUGGUUCGACAGGACAGUGACAACACUAACACGAUCUCUAACUUUGACCACAUGGAAACUUUCAUCAGCUUCACUAACCAAAGUCAAGGAAGGGAUCGCAUAUUCAGAGCAACCCAAUAUGCAUGUGCUUUGGCGAAAUACCUUCUGAGAAAUGAAGCGAAGAGAAAAGAGCUGGUGAAAAAGCUGCAAUUUCUGGAGUCUAAUAUGAGUUCGGGGCGGAAGCUAUUCAGGCUUGGGAACACAGUCAACUCGAUCCAUGCGGCCAAGAGCACUCUUCAUAUUUCUGACCCCGUGCUGCGCUUUUGCCUUACUUUUGCCAACCUCAACCGUGCCUUGUAUUUCAUCUGUGACAACUUACUCUGGGCCAGAAGUAUUGGGCUAAUAAAAGACAUUGACAAGGAGCGCUGGAGCUUGAACUCCACUCGCUUCUAUUUCCUGUCAUUGGUUAUGAAUCUAACCAGAGACGUCUAUGUGAUCAUCCAGCUUAUGGUGCAGAAGUCUCGGGACCGACACUUCCAGCAAAAAGUCGACCAGCACCUCAAUGAAAGCCCGGAUGUGGCUUGUGUCAUAGUGCCUCAGCUGGAUGCGUUCCUCUUCCUUCUCCUCGAGAGCCUCAGAAAUGAUCCAUCUGUGGCUCUCGAUACAGUUAAAAAUGUUUGCGAUCUUUUCAUUCCACUUGACAAACUGGGCAUUUACCAAACAAAUGCAGGGGUGGUGGGCUUCUGUGGCCUUGUUUCUUCUCUUUUAGGUAUAUUGUCAGUUUUGAGGCCCAGCCUCAAAAUCAAGCCAUGAUUUAGCGGAAUGAGGAAAAUGAGGAAAAAACAUCCGAAAUGUCUUGUAUAAGAGAACUUUUCUAACAAAUGUUUCGAUUUCAUUUCAGUGUGGAAUUAGGCUACUAUUAAGCUUACUUUUGUAAAGGCAUCAACUUAAUUGUUUAAGAGAGACAGGAGAACAGCACAUACCCAUAAUGCAGCAGUGCACCUGCAGGGCUGUUCUGCACAACAUAA